AUGAUCCUCGCCGCACGCGCGAGGAACCACACCUACCAGCUCUCAAACUGCACUAUCGAGACCUGUCCCAUCUCAUCUUCCUACUACUACUACCGCGUUUCCCUUCCCGCGAACGCAGCCUUUCUGGCACUCUUCGCCAUCUCCCUCGUUGGAUUCCUCGCAACUUAUGCACUCACCCGCCGAGCCUUCGCCUUCCACUUCGCAAUGUUAUCUGGUGUCAUCCUCGAAGUCAUUGGCUACGUCGGUCGAAUCCAGUCCCACCAAAACCAAUGGAGCCAGAACGGCUUCUUGAUCCAGAUUGUGUGUCUCACUAUAGCUCCUGCUUUUAUGGCUGGAGGCAUAUACCUAUGCUUGAGAAGAGUUGUAUAUGCGUUCGGGCCCGAGAACUCUAGAAUAAGUCCAGAAGCUUACACCAGAAUUUUCAUCCCCUGCGAUUUCUUCUCCUUAUUGCUCCAAGCUACAGGCGGCGGCAUGGCAUCCGUCGCCUCCCACCAGAACAGAAGCGUCAAGACUGGCGACAAUAUCAUGGUGGCGGGCCUCGCUUUCCAGGUCUUCACCCUCCUAAUCUUCAUGACCCUCUGCACCGACUUCGCGCUCCGCACCUUCAAGCGCUACAAAUCCAUGGGCGAAGACGCCUUUGACCAAAACCCGCUGUACAAGCAUCUCCGCGGCGGCUGGCGAUUCAAGGGCUUCCUGACCGGCUUGACCUUGGCCACAAUUUGCAUAUUCUGGCGAAGCGUGUACAGAGUUGCGGAGCUUGGGGAGGGCUGGCAGGGCGCACUUAUCAAGAGGCAAUGGCUGUUUGUGGGGUUUGAGGGCGUGAUGGUUGUGGUGGCUUGCUUUGCGUUGAAUGUUUUCAACCCGGCGUUCACGUUUAAGGAGGCGAUGGAGGGGUUGGGUGGGAUUGGGAGUAAGAGGAAGAUGCGCAAGCAGCAGAGGGAGAAGGAUACUGAGGCCCCUGCGCAGAGUUCCAGCAAUAGUGAUGUUGAGGUUGCGAAGGGUGGUGUGAAGAUUGGAGCUGCGUAG